AUGGGACUUAAAAACAGUAGCUGGUUUCAGCCACCUAGUCUCCUUCUAACGGGCAUCUCUGGACUGGAGGCUGUACAAAUAUGGAUCUCUAUCCCGCUGUGUGUCAUGUACCUCACUGCCCUCCUAGGAAACUGCACCAUCCUCUUUGUCAUCAAGUCCACCUCCAGCCUCCAUGAGCCUCAGUACAUCUUCCUGUCUAUGCUGGCAGCUACGGAUUUGGGUCUGUCUUUGUCAACUCUACCUACAGUACUCAAUGUCUUUCUCCUGAAUCACAGGGAGAUCAGGUUCCACUCCUGCCUGACUCAGAUGUUCUUCAUCCAUACCUUCUCCUGCCUGGAGUCAGCCAUCCUGCUGGCCAUGGCCUUUGACCGGUUUGUAGCUAUUCGCAACCCGCUACACUACACGGUGGUUUUAACUCCGCCUAGGAUUAUCCAGACGGGGCUUACUGCUGUGGUUAGGGGUGUGGCAUUGAUGGUGCCCUUGCCAAUCCUGCUGAAGCGACUGCCCUUCUGCAAAGAUGUUAUUUUGUCCCAUUGUUAUUGCUACCACCCUGAUGUGAUGAAGCUGGCCUGUGGUCCUGUUAGAGUCAACAUGAUCUAUGGGUUGUCCCUUGUCAUCUGCUCCUUUGGAAUUGACUUUAUGUUCAUCGUUGUUUCAUACAUCCUGAUUCUGAAAACAGUUUUGGGUAUUGCUUCAAAGGGUGGUCAGCUCAAGGCACUUAAUACUUGUGUUUCCCACAUCUUUACUCUCUUCAUCUUUUAUGUGCCUCUCAUUGUGCUGGCUCUCAUUCAUAGGUUUGGUACAUUUACAUCUCCUCUUCUUCAUGUCACCAUGGCCAAUCUCUUUCUUUUCUUGACUCCUGUCCUUAACCCUUUGGUUUAUAGCUUAAAAAACAGACAAAUAAGGUCAGCAGUACAUAUUUUAUUCAAGGGUAGGAGGAAUUUGCUCAAAUAG